AUGAACCCGACCACAGUGGCCUUGGGAUAUCGUACGAAUAUGGGGAGUCGCUCAAAAAAGGGGAGCAAUAAUCUGAAUCUCAACACGUUGCACGAUACUAUCGCCAGUCUCUUCCAAAUAGCGCAGAACAGUAAUGCCACCCACAAACGAUGUGUCAACGCUCUCUGCCAACUUCAUACGGAUUCUUCCUCGAUAACUGAGGCACGUCGUCCCAAAGGGGACGAUAAUGGAGACGAACUUGUCGUGCUCGUCGGAGAAAAGUCGUUUAAUCGCGCCUUCUGGGCUGUCUUGCUCUGUGUAUUGGAUGUCAAGCGUGGAUUUGUGCAAGCAGACCGCAUAAUCAGAUUCGUUGGAUUAUUCGUUGGCUCCCUCCUGAUGCUUCGGCACGAAACGGAAGGAGAGGAACAGGAAAGCCCUGCGGACAGAUUCUUUGAGCGCCUCGUUGCUCGGAUACUGCCUGGAUGUGCAGCAAAAGAUAAAACUGUUCGGUAUCGAUGCACACAGCUGUUAUCGGAAAUCUUGCGCAACACGUCUUCUCUUGAUGAAGAGUUGUACGAUCAGGUCAGACUUGUGCUCCUCCAGCGAGCGAAUGACCGCGAAUGGAUGAUCAGAGCCGUGGCGUGCAUUGGAAUCGGAGUGCUCGCUCAGGGUGAAGGCAGUAGCGACGACUCCGUAUCGACAUUAGCCUCAAUUUUGCAGGAUAUAUGUCAAUAUGAUGUCCAUCCCCAAGUACGAAUCGCAGCCCUUCCAGGAAUAGCUCUGCCUCUCAAUAUUUCGACGCUUCCAGAGCUCUUGAAGAGAUCAAGAGACACCGACAAGGCCGUUCGUAAAAUCGUAUUUCGUGUAUUGCGUAAAGUACCGGUACGCAGUCUCUCCGUUGCUCAGCGCAGCACAAUUGUUCGCAACGGAAUGGGAGAUAGAGAAUCCAGUGUCAGGUCAGAGGCAAGUAAGCUACUGGCUGUAUGGGCGCUCGGCUGCACUCCUCCCGCGGAAUCAAAAUCCUCCAAACCGUCGGCUGCGGGAGCCCUCAAGGUUGAUCUCCAUGAAUUUGUUGAUCUGUUCGAUUUAUGGGAUGGUGAAGUUGCGGAGGAAGCUGUCAAGGCACUUAUAUAUCAUCAUCCCGACAUUUUUGAAGGCUUCGAUAUUAGCCAACCAGAGUGGUGGUUCAGCCUCUCCCCUUCCAAAGCUGUUCUUGCCAGGAUUUUCACCCAACUCGUCAAUUUGUCUACCAGAGAGGCGAGCAAAUGGGAUGAAGACCUAGAAAAUUCUCAAACGCGCACAUUCGCUCCCCCGUGUAGGGAUCACUUCUUACUCAGCCCGAGCAAGCACAUCGACUCGCUCCCGGUACUCAGCCUUCAGGCUAUCACCAUCCAGAGCACGUUCAACUUUCUGGCGUUGUGUGCCCAAGCGCUGAUUUCGACCGAUGAGAUGCCAGAAAUGCCUGGGACAAACCGUGAAGACCUUGAGGAGAAGAUGGACGACUGCAUAUUUUCUUUGGGCGAGCUUCUCAAAAUGACCACUGAACUGCUGCACAGCUCGACUGCAGAUGAAAUUGGAAAGCGAAAAGUCAAUACGCUUAUUCUCCACAUGCUCGCGCAUGCAUAUUUUCCCAAUACCCUUUUGUCUCCCGCAAUACAACUCCUAAAAGCAGCCUCCGACACCCCUUUGCAGUUUACGGAGGCGAUAAUUCAACCCAUUUUAGACGACGUAAUUCAAGAGCAACGGCGGAAGGACACCGAUGUCUCGAAGCGCUAUACAUUAGAUGUUAACCGGCGAGAAUCUCCCGACCCUUACGAUGAAACAUCGUCCAGUAGCGAAGAUGAGGCGAGUGUUAUCGAAAUCUCGGAAGCAGACAAGAUACGGACAACUUUUCUACGCCUCUGCAUAAUUAAUGAGGCGCUCAGGUCCAUUAUAUGGCCCUCCCCAGACCAUGAAUCCCUCCACCUGCUUCAACGCCAUUUGGUCAGACCAUCACUCGCAAUCUACGCCGAGAAUCCAAACGCCCCACUUUCAGUGAAGUCGAAGAUUUUUGAGGAGGCUUUGACGUGCCUUGGUCUGAUUGCAGCGGCUUCCGAGGCGUUGGCUCUCAACGCAUUGAGCUUCUGCGUCCGUGGCGCAAUGGGUGCUGUCCCUCCUUUCCACGCACCUCGUGUGCUCGAUUGUCUUUUCGACAUUCUUGUUACACAUCCACAGACAGUUGCAUUGACAUUUUCUGGUGUCAUCAAAGAAAUUCCAGCCGAGCUCGCGUCGAUGCCAUUUCUUCCAACGAUUCUUGUCAAAUCACUGCAAUCUGGGGACGAGAAUGUUCAGGCGAAGGCUACCUUAGGCGUGUGUAAACUCCACCUUACCAGGAUAUGGUGUAGCGAAGAGCUCCUAGAGGCCCUGAUACUUCUGUAUUUUGUCCCAGACACUAUCGACAAUCAGGCCCUGCGGCAGUGCCUGGCCUACUUCUUUCCGGCAUUUUGUUAUUCCUCCUCGCGCAGCCAGGUCAUCUUCUCCAAGGUCAUCAUCGGAGCCUUCCUCAAAUUAUGUCCGAUCCUUCAAGAACUUGGCGAGCAAGAGGUACAAUCGCCCGAUCUUCAUCGAGUGAUUUCCGUGCUCAUCGAAUUAUGUGAUCCAUCAAACCUCACGGAUGUUACUAAACUAGAGCAGAAUACCACUGUCUACCUCGCUUCCAGCCUUCUCACCACAGUCACUGACCUAUUGAGCGACGAAGCUGCUAACCAUCCUGCACUUGGCGGCGUCAUACCGCUAUGCCAGGCCCUGAAUCAACUAUCUCUAUCGGAUGUCGAAUCGGCACACGUUCAAGAAUUACUGUCCAGCACUUCAAAUAUUUUAUCGAGUCAUACCCCAACGGACAAGAAAGUCUUUAAAAUACUGACCUUAUUCGAGGCAAAACUACGAAAGCUACUCUCACAACGGGACAUUUUCGAGAACGGCCGUGAUCCUCGGCGGCACUCGUGGCAGGCUCGUAAUGAGAAGAGAAAGCGCGGGGAAGGGAGCGAGGAAGAUUCGGCUGAAAACAAAAAGAGAUCCAGACGACGCUACGAAUUCAAUCACCAUAGUUUGAUGCAAAAUGAUCCACCCGCAUCGGUGGAUCCGGACGAGCAAUCAUCGUGGAAUAAGAGCGGAUUUCAAGGCAAACCAAAAGCGCGGCUUCGUAGUGCUAUGUAUGGCUCGGAUUCUGGACACUCUACGGAUGAUCCGUCGAUUGGCCUGGCGGCGACGGUGUCAAGAAAAAAAAGGAAACAUGAUCCGAUAUGUGCAGACUAA